CGCGCUGCCCCCUCCGGGUCCACGUCCUUCCGAGGGCGCGCGCGCCGGUGCGAGGGCGUGCGUGAACGUGCGUGAGCGUGCGCGUCUCCUCCGCUGCCGGUGCCGCUCCCGCGCCCUGUGCAGCUGCUCCCGACUACCCGGACCCCCAGACUGAAGAGUGGGUCGGCUGGCUGCCAGCAGCGCCGCGGAGCGGGAGCGGAGCCGCGGAGCCGGCGGCGGGCGGCGGGCGGACAGAUUAACCUACUAUGGCAGACCAGAGGCAGCGCUCACUCUCUACCUCCGGAGAAUCACUGUACCAUGUUCUUGGGUUGGAUAAGAAUGCAACCUCAGAUGACAUUAAGAAAUCCUAUCGGAAGCUUGCCCUGAAAUAUCACCCAGACAAGAACCCUGAUAACCCAGAGGCUGCAGACAAGUUUAAGGAAAUCAACAACGCCCACGCCAUCCUGACCGAUGCCACAAAAAGAAACAUCUAUGACAAGUAUGGCUCUCUGGGGCUCUACGUUGCUGAACAGUUUGGGGAAGAGAACGUCAACACCUACUUUGUACUCUCCAGCUGGUGGGCCAAGGCCCUUUUCGUCUUCUGCGGCCUCCUCACCUGCUGCUACUGCUGCUGCUGCCUGUGCUGCUGCUUCAACUGCUGCUGCGGGAAGUGCAAGCCUAAGGCCCCUGAGGGCGAAGAGACUGAGUUCUACGUGUCCCCCGAAGACCUGGAGGCACAGCUGCAGUCUGACGAGAGGGAGGCCACAGACACGCCAAUUGUCAUACAGCCAGCGUCCGCCACAGAGACCACCCAGCUCACGGCUGACUCCCACCCCAGCUACCACACUGACGGGUUCAACUAAGUUCAGGAAAAGCUGUGAUUAGAGGAUGAAUCAGCACCCAGCCACUGCAACCUUAGAAUCAUGAACUGUAGUCACCGAGAUUGGGGAGGUAGCAGCCAAGCAGCCUGCCUGGCCGCAUAAGGCCCUCCACCUCCUCUACGCUCACCCAUCCGUCAAUCCCCCAUACAUGAAGUGCGUAGCAUGCAGUAUUUAAAGCAGUGUAGCUACGGUCUUCUGUUUUUCCUUUUUUAAUAGCAUGUAUGGGUUGUGUUCAGUGUCUGUGUUGUGGACAUGCCGCGGCCUAGCUACAUUUACUGGACAGUGGGGCUGCCUGGGGUUUCAGUCAGGUUGGUCCAGGAAGGGCUGACCGCAGCUGCCAGGUUCCACCUGGCCAGUUGGGCUAGGAAAGGACAGGCCUCCCUUUGUGCCCUGGAGGCAGGUGCUGCUGGUAGAGCUGCAUCUCCAUCCUGACUUGGGUGUCCGAGGUGGGGUGAGGUCCACACUCUGUUCCCUGGUCCUGAGGCUGCAGGCAGGGCACCGAUAUCUCUGGUGGGGAAAGGAAGUGGGCCCUACCAUCCCAAUAUCACAGUCAUUUCAGUGGUGUUUGUGUUGGACACAGUCUGCACCUUGUUCCCUUGGCCUCUUGGAGGGUUUCCUCAGUGGAGAGAUUUCUGUGGAAAGUACAGGCAUAUCCUCUGAGGGUGAACUCAAGCUCAGCACAGUAUCUUCAGCCUGUAUCUCUGCCACAUGGACUGAGGUUCCUGUCCUUAGAGGUGUGUCCCUUGCCAGUGUGUAGGAGAUCAUUUGUCUCUGUUCCCGUACCUUUCCCAAGCCUACAGCUGGAUCAGUGGGGCCAUGGUCUCUACUUGCUCUUCUGCAGGUCAGACUCCACAUUCCUUCAAACUUCCCUGUUUUUUAAAUCUUUUUUUGAACUUCUGAAAACUGCAAGUGAUAGCAUCUGCUUAACUACAGUCUGAGGGUCUGUGAGUCCAGGUGGCAGCGGCACAUGGCUGCUGUUGUCUAGGAAAUGUUGCGUAAGUGUGCAGCUCGCAGCACCCUCCUCCUUGUACUUGCCAGAGCUUGGCCCCCUCCAUGGCCUUCACCUCUGCCUGUCAUCCAUGAUUCAGCAGAGCAGGAAUACUGGGUUCCAGGAGGCAGCAUCUGGAGCCAAGGUGCCUCAGGAGAGUUGGCUCCCAGGGAGGCUGCAGUGAUGCCUCAGCUCUUCAGCCAACCUGGAAGCUAGUGUUGGACCACGAGCCCCUGCAUAAACCACUAGCAGCUGGUCUCUUCCCUCGGUGCCCCAGGCUUUCUGGGUGUACCCUGCGUGGGAGAGCUGAGCAGAUGUAGACCAUGGGCCUGUAUCGACUGAGGUUUGGAGCUACCCCACCCCCAGCAGCUACCAACCUGUGCUAGAUUCCUGCAGACUCUUCCAGUGCCAGCAGAGAUAAAGGAGAAGCCUUGUGUGGAGAUUCCAUGGCCCUGGUGACUUGUGUGCUCCAGUAGGUACAUUCCCCCUGCCUGCUGAUUCUUGACCCAGCUCACCAGCAUAUCCAGAGAGGAGGGUCAGGGUGUUAGGAUGUUACAAGAAGGAGCAGCAGUGUGAGGACAAAGCUGAUAGGCUUCAGAAUAUGUCACUGUUUGUUGUUCCCCAGCCCGUCCUGGUUAGUGUGCAGUGACGCUGCAGCCCACAGCUGCUGUCCCACAUGGGCCAGGAGCUGGUUGGCUGCCAGCACCAGGUGCUUGGGUGGGUUUGUCUGUUUUGCUCGUUAAAGUGAUGGUGAAGACAUUAGGGGGACGUUCACCUACGAUUUGUUAGAAAUAAUGUUUACAUCAGACCUCAGAAAGAUUAAAAAAUGCACUGUUGGGCCUGUCCAGAAAUAGGAGCUGAGACAACUGGACAGAUUUCUUGUAUGCCAGCUGCAGUGUGACACCACAGAAAGGACACUUGGUCAACCCUUGUGACUUCCUAGAUAUCAUUAGAAAAGUUAGUUGUUCUCCAGCAUGGCCAGGAACGAGGUUCAAAAUGUGGACAAGGUCAAAAGUGUGGCGGCCUGGCUAGCAUCUUUAAGGACAGCCAUCCUGGUCUGCAGCUUUGUGGCUCUUGCCUCCUGUCCCAGUGACCUUGGCCAGAUAGCUCUUACCUGGGGAGCCCUGGGUGCUGGCUCCCGAGGGAGUGUGGCACUUGAACCCAGUGUCCUGUGGAGUUUCUGAAGCUAAAGAAAUCAUGUAGAAUGUGUGAAGAUGAACUUGACAGUUGCCAAGAUGAUGGCAGUGAUUGCCCAAGGCCCAGCCAGAGAUGACUGAAUGUCGAGGUUGGGAGCCUUUGCCACCACCUGGUCUUGACGCAGACCCCUCUUCUGUGUUUUACUGUGUUGUCCUUAGGCCUACUGAGUUUUGGCCCUUUUAAUAGCUAGAGUCUUGGGGAAUCAGCUUGUACCCACUUCCUGUCCAAGCGCUAACAAAUCAAAAUAACCCUCAGUUCUCUUCAGACUCUUGGGCUGGUGGCCAUAGCAGGAGUUCACUCCCAGGCUACAAUGGUGCCAGGGCAUAUUGCACGUACAGUGCUGCAGCCAGCAUGCAUGGAAGCCUGUCCCUCAGGGUCCAGGCAGUACUGGUUACUCCUAAGCUGCAGGAAGAAUGUGGGAAAGACCUGUGAGGCCAUCUCACGGGAGCUGCUGCUGCUGCUGCUGUCGCUGUCUAAAUUUGUUUCUGCUCAGUGAUAUGGUCUUUUCUUGUCUUCUUUUUGGCUUUAUUCUAUUUUUAAACUGCUUUAGAUAUUACUGCUCAUGAGCCUUCCUAGUUCUCUGAUAUUCAGUUAAUGUAGCCAACACCCAACGAGACCUGUUACAAAAAGAAACCAGAGUACUCACUGUAGUUAGCUGGAAACUUCAUCUCGGUGUUGUGGGUUGUUGGACUUGACCACAACCAAAAGUCCAAGAAAGGCCCUGAAUCAUGAAACAUCAGGACUCUUCAGCUGUCUGGUGCCAUGUUCCAUUGGUGGCCACACCAUUGUCCUGUUGAGCCCAUGGCAGUCUGGUCCAGGUGAGCCUUGUGCUGGAAGAGUGUCCAUCAGUGUGCCUGCUAUCUCAGGAGAUGGUGGCCUUGGCAUGCAGACUGUCCCUGGAGGGUCCAAGAGCUGUGGGCUGAACCUGGGUGGAUCCUCUCCCUCCACUGGCCCUCAGCACACUGUGCCAUGGGGAGCAGUUAGUGAGGGGUGUACCAAGUGACUGAUCUCAUUCCUUUCCAGUAUUCUGAGCUGUGAACCCAUGUGGCCCAGGACUGACUUGUUUCUGUUAUACUUUGGUUAUAAAUCAUCCUCCUGUGGAAUUGGCAAAAGCUACAUCUUUACUGUACUCACAAGCACGGUUUGCAUUGUCACAUGCUGUGAGUGUGGGCUGUGGUGUGUGUCUGUGUGUACAUAUGUGUAUAUGUAUAUAUUGUGCAGCAGGCCUGUCAUGCUGCUGUCCAGUGGCUAAGCGACAAGUACAAUAAAGUUCGCUCUCAAGUGGCUCUGGUUUCUUGGAAAGUUGAGCGGGGUUAGGGUUUCCAUGUGGUCCUCCCUGUGGAUGCACAGUAGGAAACUGAGCUGCAGUGUGUGUGGAAAGCGCUUGUGCCUGAAAGCACUGCUGAGGCCCUGCCAAGUGUUGGACUUGAGGGUUGGGUGUGAGGUGGCUGUCAUAAACACGACCAUUCUUGGGGACUCUGCUUAUCUGAUCCACAGGUAUGGGAAAUCUAGGAAGGAGCUGACUGGAAACCCUCUUUUUGAAACUACUUUUCUGAGCACUAAGUACAAUCAGUGGCAUUAUUGCCUGGACAGGGACUCUGUGCUGGCCAGUCUUGGGAAGGGUCAGAGGCAACUGAUGCCCCCUUUCAGGAAGGGGCUGGCCAAGCGCCUUGUAGGCAGCGCUGGGGAGAUUUGAUUUCCUGAGAAGUGGGGCUGUUUCAAUCAGAAAGGGGGGGUUACACUGAAGCAUAUAUAUGCUAUUUUUAAAAAAUUAAGUGCAAGUGCAUGGAAAGCAGUUGUCUGUGCACAUGUUUUCCCUCACUCCUGGAAACCAGUCCCUGGGGUGCAGGGUGCAAGCUGCUGUCGGAGCCCUGGCCGACUUGCCUGCACUCCAAGGGCCGGGCUGGAGGGCUCAGGUGGUUUCGCAUGGUGAUCUCCGUCUUGUAUGUCUGAAUGUUGACCUAAAAAAAUAAAGAUAACUGUUGUAAAAUAA